AUGCAAAAUAUUAGCGGAAAACAAUUAUCUCUUGAUAAUGAUAUAGAGCAAAAAUUAAUAACUCAAAGAUCUAAAAGUGCUCCUCAAAGAAGAAAAUGGUUUCAAAAAGAACACCAACCAACAACAUCAUUUUUGAUGGAUCAUAUGGUUACAACAAGAUUAGUUAAUGCUAUAAAUAUAUGGCAUGAUAUACAUUCUAAUUUAAUACAACUUAAUAUUAGAAAAGCAAGAAGUAACACAAAACUUUCAAUUCAAUCUGAUAUUUCUGAAUAUGUACAAUCUGAUACAUGUGUUUCAUAUAAUCGUAAUUUUGAUGAUAGUUUAUCUAUUGAAAGUUUAUCGUAUGAUUCAAUUUCCGAUAUGUCAUUUUCUGAUUCAAGUGAAAAUAAAGAUGAUGUAACAUUAUCAAAUAUAAAUAAAAAUAUAUCUUCAUUUAAUAAUGAUGCUAAUGUUUUUGAUGACAAUGAAUGUAUUAAUUCAUUAUCAGUGCAAGUUAUCAAUACAGAAGAAGAAGAAUGGGAAAGGCAAAAUGUAUUAAACUCUUCAGUAACAAAAGAACAAAUGAAAACGACAAUUCCAGAGUUAUCUGAUCAUUGGCGGUAG